AUGUUUACCCUUAGCAAAGCUUUUCCCGUUGGGCAUACGGUGGCUAAAAGAUGGUACAAGGUGUUAGCUAUUGAGACUUCAUGUGAUGAUACAUGCGUUGCCAUAUUGGACAGAAAAUCAUCUAUUGAACCUCCCAGAACAAUCGUUCAUUUGAAAGAAACCCUUAAUAGUGCUUCUGCAGGUGGAAUUAUACCGACGAAGGCACAUUUACACCAUCAGCAGCAGAUUGGACCUGUAACACAUCGGGCACUGCAAUCGGCCGGUAUGCCCAAUAUAGACCUCGUCUGUGUUACUAGAGGUCCGGGAAUGCCUGGAUCACUUUCAGGUGGGUUAGAUUUUGCCAAAGGUUUAGCGGUUGCAUGGAAGAAGCCGUUUGUUGGAGUGCAUCACAUGCUGGGGCAUCUACUGAUACCGAGGAUGCUAAAUAAUGGUCAAAACCCACGGUUCCCUUUUGUCAGUCUCCUUGUAAGUGGAGGUCAUACUGUACUUGUUCUCUCAAGGAGUUGUGUCGACCACGAGAUACUAUGUGAUACUUUGGAUAUAGCGGUAGGCGAUUCACUGGACAAGUGUGGAAGAGAAAUUGGUAUCAGGGGUAAUAUGAUCGCCAAAGAGAUGGAAAAGUUUAUCAAUCAAGAACCUUUGCAAUUGAACGUACCUAUGCAAUUACCUAACCCUUUGAGGAACAAAUCUACCAGAGUAGAUGUCCAAGCGUUCUCGUUUGCACCAUUCAUUACCGCAUUAAAAGGCAAUUUGACAAAACCUCUAUCGGAAUAUCAAGUACAUGAAGUGAGAUCGAUGGCUUAUCAAAUGCAAGAGGCCAUCUUUCAUCACAUUGUUACUAAGCUUAAGCUUGUUAUUAGGCUAAACAAGGAAAAAUUCGAAGGAGUAUCCAGUUUUGUCCUAUCAGGCGGUGUUGGUGCCAAUGCAAGGCUAAGGAAUCUUUUAGAGACAGAAUUUGGUGAUACCUUUGACAACUUUUGCUAUCCUCCAUUGGAACUGUGUUCCGAUAACGCGAUAAUGAUAGGAUGGGCAGGCAUAGAAUUGUUUGAGAAGCACUGUCUAACGACAGAUUUACAAGCAACGCCCGUUCGUAAAUGGCCUCUCACUCAUUUACUUGAGGUUCCAUGUUGGGAUUCUACUAAAUGA